AUGCCAGCCACAUUUAGGAGACGAUAUCCAAAUACACGUGUUAUACUGGAAUGUACCGAGAUACGGACAGAGACACCAGAAUCUACCAGAGCUAAGUCGCUGCUGUAUUCAAACUAUAAGUCUCAUAUGACCUGGAAGGUUUUGGUAGGCAUCAUACCAGCUGGAGUGCCUAGUUUGGUGACAUCUUGUUAUGCUGGCAGCAUCUCAGACAAAAAGAUUACAGAGAAGUCUGGAGUGGUAGAUAUGUGUGAUGAUGGUGAUGCAAUCAUGGUGGACAAAGGAUUUCUUAUAUCAGACAUGACUACUCUUAAGAACAUCCAACUGAUCAUACCACCAUUCAAGAGGAAGCAUAGAAAAUUCUCCAGGAGGGUGGUGGAAACAACCCGGCGAAUCGCAAAUCUUCGUAUUCAUGUUGAGCGACAGAUGCAACGUAUCAAACUCUUUCGUAUACUGAACGGUAUAAUGCCUAUCAGCUCUGCAGAUACAGCUUCAAAUGUUUUUAAGAUUUGUACAGCACUGACAAUCCUGUAUCCCCCUCUGAUUCGCGGAUAA